AUGGCACGGUUGGUUCACCUCAAGGCAUCGUUCGGGGCAUUCGUGGUGGCGUGCUGCUUCCUGUACUCUGCGCAGGUCCAUCACCUUGCGCCACGAGCUGCCCCUUCAUUGAAUGCUGUGCAUCUUGCCAACUUGGACGCGACUGGGACCCGCGAUGAAGUGGCUUCGCUCGUCAGCUCGCUGUCGACAUCCCAGAAAGUAGGCCAGCUUCUUCAAGUCGACAUUCGAAAGCUGUUUGAUGGCGGCGACGACUGGAGUCAAACUGCCCCCAUUCUCAACAAAACCCGCGUCGCCGAGUACGCCAAGCUCGGGAUCGGGUCCUUUUUCAACACACCAUUCGAUGGACGGACUCAAACUCAAGCGCCAACUGUCACGCACUGGCGCUCCAUCCUCCACGACAUCCAUGUGGUGUACGCCGAGCACGGCGCGGUGCCGUUCGUGUACGGCAUCGACACAACGCAUGGUGCCAACUACAUCCAAGACGCGACGCUCUUCCCUCAGCCGCUAGCUGCAGCGUCCUCAUUCAACGUGGAUUUGGUGUACCGCAUGGGCCAAGUAGCUGCCAAGGACACACUGGCCGCAGGAAUUCCAUGGGUGUUCAGCCCAGUUGUGGGGAUCGCGGCUCAACCAAAGUGGUCGAGGAACUACGAGACGUUUGGCGAAGAUCCGCAUGCAGUGUCUGUCUUGGGUGUGGCCCUCAUCCAAGGAUUACAGGCGAGCAACGCGACAGCGGCUUGCAUGAAGCACUUCAUCGGGUACUCGAACCCAACGUCGGGCAACGACCGCGCCGACAGCGUCAUUUCCGAUUUUGAGCUUGUCAACUACUACGCGCCGCCGUUCCUUGCGGCCGUCCAGCAAGGACGGGUCAAGUCGGCCAUGGAAACGUACACGAGCGUGAACGGCGAGCCCGUGAUCGCGAGCCACAAGUUGCUGGUGAAGUUGCUGCGACAUGACAUGGGGUUUGACGGGUUACUCGUUACGGACGAGAACGAAAUACACCAACUCGAAGCCGAACACCACGCCGCCGACUCGGAUCUCGACGCGAUUUACACCGUGUUCAACCACACGAGCGUCGACAUGAACAUGCUACCGUCGCUCGCGGACGUCCAUAACCUGACAUGGAGUCUGGUUGAGCAAGGCCGGAUCUCCACCGAACGACUAGACGAAAGCGUGCGGCGCAUCCUACAAAUGAAGGCCGACAUGGGGUUGCUGGCGUCGUAUAGCCAGGGCAACUUCACCUGGACCGACGCCACACUCACUGCGACUGUCGGCGCGGUCGAAGACCAGCGCGAUGCGAAAGCCCUCGCCGACGAAGCGAUCAUUGUGCUCGAGAAUUCUCCAAAAAUUCCCAUCGAUGCCGUCAACCCAAAGUACACGUUGCCCAUUGAAGAUCCGCAAGCGGCGGUAUUCCUCACGGGGCCGCUCGCGGACUCGAAGGCGUUUCUGUGCGGCGGGUGGUCCAUCUUCUGGCAAGGCACGGACAACUCGACCAUGAUCCCGCACGGCAUGUCGAUUCGGGAAGCGCUCAACCACUCGUUUGCCAACUUGCAGUACGCCGCCGGAGUCGACACGUACGGACAUGCUGUCGGGAAUCUAACGGAAGCGCUGGAAACAGCGGCCAUGAGCACGUACACGAUCGUGGUGGUGGGCGAAGCUCCAUAUGCGGAAAAGAACGGCGACAUUGACGAAUUGAGUCUGCCUGACGGCCAGCUGCAGUAUGUGCGCAACUUGACCGCCAUUGCAUCGACCAAUGUGAUCCUGGUCGUCGUCGAAGGCCGGCCACGACUGUUGCGAGGAGUCCACAAGAACGCGGCGGCGGUCGUGGUGAGUUUCCUCCCGUGCGAACAAGGCGGCCAAGCCAUCGCGGACGUCGUGACGGGGCGUGUGAACCCGUCCGCCAAGCUCCCGAUCACGUACCCGAAAGCGAGCGGCGACGUUCACUUGCCCUACUUUCACCGCGUCAACUCCAAGUGCCGCGAAGGAUUCCAAGAGUGUGCGAUGGAAUGGACGUUCGGGUCGGGCUUGAGCUACACCACGUUCGAGUACUCGGACAUGACGUUGAGCGACUCGACGGUCCACUCGAACGGGACGCUGACGCUGUCGGUGACAGUGACAAACUCGGGGCGUCGCGCUGGAAAAGAAGUCGUGUUCGUGUUCAUUUCGCAAAAGGUGCGCCAUGGAGCGGUCCCCGAAGUCAAGCGUCUCAAACACUUUACCAAAGUGUCGCUGCAGCCGCAAGAGUCGACGACGGUCCGCUUCACGCUGACGGCAGUCGACUGGUCGUACUACGCGCCUCAGAUUGGCAGCGGGUUCCAUGCUGUGUCCGAGCCAGGGCAAUUCGAUGUCCUCGUCAAGCACGACACCGACUGCGGCAAACACCCUGCGCUCUGCAAGACCUUUCACGUUGUGGCGUAG